AUGAUAUUGUGGAUCUGGGAGAUCCAUCCAGGAUUGUAUCCAGCUAUGAUACUCCAUGGUGGAUUGGACGCACUGCAAUCCCUAACCAAUUAUGGCAAUGGGAUAGGGUUAUGGUCUGGUGUUGAGAACAAUGGUCUCAUUCCUCCUGAGCAGGUGGAUGAAACCUCGGGCCCAUCACUACUGGCACUGAGAUGGAUUAGAGAACACCUCGUGACAUUGAUUGAGGACCAAAAAGAGGGCAUCCGUGAAAAGAUGGUGGAGAUCAAGACGUACACCUGGAUCCUAGCCAGAUUGAACAGAGGAGGAGGAGAGUAG